AUGCCCGGCUCUUCGGUGCCACGGCGCGCUCCGGCCGCUGCAGCGUCGCCGCCUCCCCAAAUCUCGGUCUUCCCUUCGCCGCAGGAGCUGGGCUCGGCGCUGGCCCAGCUGGUAGCGCAGCGGGAAGCUCAGUCCGGCCCGGGUGGGCGCUUCUCCCUGGGCCUGUCAGGUGGAAGCCUAGUGCGGAUCUUGGCUCAGGAGCUGCCCGCGGCCGCUGCCUGCCCUGCCCGGUGGCUCCUGGCCUUCGUGGACGAGCGGCGGGUCCCGCUGAACGACCCCGAGAGCAACUUCGGUGCCUACAAGACAUACCUCCUUUCUAAAAUUGCUAUACCUGAUGACCAAAUAGUUGUUAUCAAUCCUUCGCUAUCUGUAGAAGAGGCAGCGGCAGAUUAUGCUGAAAAGCUGAAAAAGGUACGGCUGGGAGUUGACAUGGAUUGGCUUCUCUUGUGGGUUAAACCUAGUUGUGGCUCAUGCUGUUUCCAAGGUCUAUCUUUCCGUUCCUUCACUACGGCCCAUAUGUUUACUUUCCUGUGUCAGGAGCGGGAGAAGAUUGUGGCUGCCAUUAGCGAUUCCCCAAAGCCCCCCUCAGAGCGGAUCACAUUGACUUUGCCUGUGCUGAAUGCAGCAAGGAGUGUGGUGUUCGUUGCCACAGGGGACAACAAGGCUGCAGUGAUAAAGCGUAUUUUGGAAGGCAACGAGGAAAACCCACUGCCGGCUGCCCUUGUUCAGCCACACACUGGGAAGCUUUACUGGUUCCUGGAUGAGCCAGCUGCAAAGGAGUUGACCAUUCCCUUUGAGAAGCAUUCCAUACUGUAGGAGCUUCAUGUCUUGCAGCCUUCUGGGUUGGGAGAAGUCCACCAAGUACGGGGUGUGGGUAGAGCCCCACCCUCUAACAUUCCAGGUCACGGUCUCCACGUCUGGUCGUAGCGCUAAGGAGCAGCACUAAACUAACACUGUCUUUCUUUUCUUUUCUUUUUUUUCUUCCUUUACUUUUCCCCCCUCCCCUGAUUUUUUUUUUUUUACAUUUUAAGAAGUGUAAGUUUGUGGAGCACGGUGUAACAAAUAUGAUUAUUGCUUAACUAGGGCAAAGUGUGACAUGGGAAAUGCUUGGGUCCAGCUACUAGGUAUCAAGAGAGUUGGUUACAGUCUUUAUCAUGUGAAUGGUCUAAUGUGGUGUAAAAUGGAUGCACAAUUAAAGGUGUAAAUUAAAGUCACUCAGUGCUGGCACAAUGUG